AACCUCUACGGUCCAUCAUGAGUGUUCUCCUGGAGACCUCUGCCGGUGACAUUGUCAUCGAUCUUCUUGUGGACUAUGCGCCAAAGAGUUGUCAAAACUUUCUGAAGCUAUGCAAAGUGAAAUACUACAAUUACUCUCCCGUCUACAGUGUGCAAAAGAACUUCUCGUUUCAAACCGGCGAUCCAAUCGGUCCGGACUCCAAGGAUAGCGAUGGCGGUUCCUCCAUCUGGGGCCUUCUCAAUGGGCCCUCGCAGAAGACAUUCCCCGCCGACAUUCACCCUAAAUUAAAACAUUUGGAGCGAGGGACUGUCAGCAUGGCCACGGUGCCCAACCCCAAGGACCCGGACGAGCGAUUGGCAGGGAGCCAGUUCCUUGUCACCCUUGGCGAUAACCUAGAAUAUUUGGACGGUAAAUCUGCCAUUUUCGGCAAGGUAGUUGAAGGUUUUGAUACUCUCGAGAAUGUCAACAGCGCCUUCUGCGACGACAAAGGGCGACCUUUGAAAGAUAUUCGAAUUAGACAUACUGUCAUCCUUGACGAUCCUUACGAUGAUCCUCCCGGGCUCGAGGAACCUCCGCAUAGCCCAGUGCCAACAAAGGCGCAGCUGGCGACAGUACGGAUUGCCGAUGAUGAAGAGGUUGCUGAGCCAGUCGAUGAAGAAGCUGCCGAAAGGCAACGGCGUGAGAGGGAGGCCAGAGCUCAGGCAUUGACAUUGGAAAUGGUAGGAGAUUUGCCUUUUGCAGAGGUCAAACCCCCGGAGAAUGUUCUUUUUGUUUGCAAACUGAACCCGGUCACACAAGAUGAGGACUUGGAAUUGAUUUUCAGUCGCUUCGGGACGAUUCUUUCGUGCGAAGUCAUCCGAGACAAGAAGACUGGUGACAGUUUACAGUAUGCAUUUAUCGAAUUUGAGAAUCAAAAGGAGUGCGAGCAAGCAUAUUUCAAGAUGCAAGGUAUCCUGAUUGAUGAUCAUCGCAUUCAUGUCGAUUUUUCACAAAGUGUUUCCAAGCUUUCCGACGUCUGGCGCAAUGCAACAAAUUCGAAACGGGCUCGACAAGGAGGAGGUUUCGGUGGCUUUUCUGGCCUGGAAAAGAGGAGACAGUAUCGGGCAAUGGACGGUGGUUCUGGCCGUUCUAGAGAUUACGGCAUGGUGUUUGAUCGUGAUGAUAUUCGCCGCGGCAGAGACCCGGAUGAGAAGCCACGCGACCCGCACCGCGCUCCAUCGCGCAGCCGAAGUCCACCACGACGUCGCCGGGAGUAUGAUGACCGGGGAUAUGAUAGGGAUUAUGACCGUUCCCGGAGAGACCGCAGUAGAGACCGUUACCGCCGGCGGGAUCGCAGUAGUGAGAGAAAACGUUCAUACCGGUAGUUGACGUUUCUUCUUUCUUGGUUGACAACCCUUCAAGCGAAUGUUAUUUUCAGGGGAGCUCAGGGCGUUUGCCGGUGUCACGUCCAUGUUUUACAUGACUAAAACGAUUGUGAACAAGGUCUUCGGUUUAGAUUCCAUUGUAAUAUAUACGGGUUAUUCGGCGUUUUUAAAGUCGUAUGCUGUAACAGACUCCUUAAUUACUAGGAUAAAGGGGGGGUUAAACCGUGGUGAGGAAAGGGAAGUCAGAAAGGGAACUAACUUAUGACGCGCCCGCUGCGCCACCUGC